UGUAUGCGACGCCGCGCCCGCCGCGCCCGCCGCCGCCGCAGUGUGACGCGGCCCCCGACUCGCCCGGUCCUCAGUGUCCGCUGCACCGCGACCUCCUACGCUAUGCUCACCUCCAACAUGACCCAAACUAUCGCCUACAACACAUCAUGUGACAACCCAUAGACGCUGUGCCUUACAAUAUCCGCAUACUUUAUAUACACGAGUGAAAGUGUUCCAAUAUUAUAUCAGUGAAAACUUUUAUUUACUUGGAGUAUUAGUAAAAAAUAAAAUAAAUAUAAUCUAAACAAAACAUCGAAGAGAUUGUAACAAAGAAAUGUGUUUACAAAGAAAAGUAACGUAGCAACACUCGGGAACUCUGGCUACUUAAUAUUAUUUUAGUUAUGUAACGACAUCGUCGUAUCGGUUAGGUACACCUGUGUCUUUUGAUAACUGAAAACGUAAUCAACAAAUCCACGUGUUAUAAGUUUAAUCAUUUAUUUCAAACUAAUAUGUUGAAACGAAAUAUAUGUCAAUAAAUCAUUAGCAAUUUUCUAAUUCAGCCGUUGCGUUUUACCUGCAGUGACCAACAGAUUCUGUGAGCAAAUGAAAUACUUGAAAUGACAUACAGAUCGAGAAGUGUUACUUAAGUGUAGUAUAACACAUAAUCAAGUUCACCCGACGAUCAGUUGUGGUCAUGGAAAACGGUGCCUUAAAAUAUGGGAGCAACAACAACAAUAAUGACAUUGUCGAAGAGAAAGUCUUCAAGCAUAACAUAAGACUUCGGUUUUAAAAGAAACCGAAGAAUCACAGUUUUCGGAAAGAUAAAUCAAGCAUCUAUGCAAAACACGGCAAUUACUCUCUUGGAGUCGGUGUCGGCUUUCGAGAAAGACGUGCUGGAAUGUGAACACUCUGACGCAUCGGAACACGGCGGGUUCCGGUGAGAAAGUUGGCGCGGCAGCGGUAUGGAGGACCGCGGGCCCCCGGACGUGCCCUUGAUCGUGACGCCGGCGGGCGCGGCCGGCGGCGGCGCGGCGCUGACCACCUCGCGACGCGCUGCCUCCGCCCGCGGCUCGCGCGACGACGGCCCGCCCUCCACGUGGCGCUCCUCUGUCCGUGUCCACGACACCGGUUUCCGCGGCUCCCGCAAGAGCGUCGUACGUCUCGAACCACCCUGUAAUGGCCUCAACGGAUUACCUGCCAUUGGCAAGGAGGUACUGUCACUGGGCGCGACAAGUGGCCCCAAAGGGACCACGCCGAUAUCUCACCCCUGUACUAUCCUCCACCACUCUCCUUACAAGGCCGCUUGGGAUUGGUUGAUCUUGAUACUGGUGAUCUACACAGCGAUAUUCACGCCGUACGUGGCGGCCUUCCAGUUGAAUGAGCCCGACUUCGACAAGCGCUCGCGCAGCUUUGGAGAAGAUCCUAUCGUUGUCAUCGAUAUGAUAGUGGACGUAACUUUCAUAAUCGAUAUCCUAAUAAACUUCCGCACCACAUUCGUGAACGCGGCGGACGAGGUGGAGUCUGAUCCCGCGAAGAUCGCCAUGCACUACCUCCGCGGCUGGUUCGUUAUCGACCUUGUGGCCGCCAUCCCCUUCGACCUGCUACUCUUCGGCACCGACACCGAUGAACAGGGGCUGGAAAGUGAUGAGACGACGACGCUGAUCGGGCUCCUGAAGACAGCGCGGCUGCUGCGGCUCGUGCGCGUCGCCCGCAAAAUUGAUAGAUACUCCGAAUAUGGCACAGCCGUCCUUCUCCUACUUAUGUCCACCUUUGUGCUUAUUGCGCACUGGCUGGCAUGCCUGUGGUAUGCUAUCGGAAGCUGGGAACGUCCCCAGCUUCAUGCUCCUAUUGGAUGGCUGGAUGCACUGGCCAAUGACGUACAAGCAUCUUAUGAUAACUCCACUGGACCAUCCAUGAGGUCCAGGUACAUCACUGCCCUUUAUUUUACUUGUACGUCCUUAACAAGCGUAGGAUUCGGCAACGUAGCACCUAAUACGGAUAUGGAAAAGGGAUUCACAAUAUUUGUCAUGCUUGUUGGAUCUCUGAUGUACGCUAGUAUCUUUGGUAAUGUAUCGGCAAUAAUACAACGGCUCUACUCAGGAACAGCUCGCUACCACACGCAAAUAUUGAGAGUGCGAGAAUUCAUAAGAUUCCACCAGAUUGCAAAUCCCCUUCGACAACGGCUAGAAGAAUAUUUCCAGCACGCGUGGAGUUACACCAAUGGCAUAGACACGUCGAGUUUACUGAAAGGGUUCCCAGAAUGCCUUCAAGCUGACAUUUGUCUGCACCUCAACCGCAAUUUAUUGGCAAAUUGUUCUGCGUUUGAAGGUGCUAGUCCGGGAUGCUUGAGAGCGCUUUCGCUGAGAUUCAAAACCACACACGCUCCACCCGGGGAGACUCUGGUCCAUCGCGGCGAUGUUCUCACUUCGUUGUAUUUUAUUUCGAGGGGUUCUAUAGAAAUACUAAAAGAUGACAUCGUUAUGGCCAUUUUAGGAAAAGACGAUAUAUUCGGUGAGAACCCGUGCAUCUACACGACGGUGGGACGAAGCAAUUGCCGCGUGCGCGCGCUCACGUACUGCGACCUGCAUCGCGUGCACCGCGACGAUCUGCUGGACGUGCUGGACUUCUACCCCGAGUUCCGCGCCUCCUUCGUCAACAACCUCGAGAUCACCUACAACAUGCGCGAUGACGAACUAUGUGGUAUCGAACCUCGUCGCAGAAUGCGCUACGAGAACCCCAGCGAAGCGCGGCUACUGCGUGAAGCGUAUGCGCGCACCACUCGCCGUCCACACACUGAAACCUUCGCCGAGAAGGUGGAUUCCCAAUGCAGCGAUGACGAGACUGAGUCGCCCGCCAGCCGCGGAAUCCUCGAGUUUUCCACGGACAAGGCGGGUCAGGACGUCACUCCGCUCAACUUCAACUUCAGCAAGCAGCGCUCCACAACUCUCAACUCUAUCACCGGCAUGCUAGCGCAACUAAAACGGAGCUUCCCAGACCUCUACCAUCAUAAAACACACCAGCCGCUGCACAACAAAUACUCGCAAUCAACACCACAAACGUACAGAGGCCGCGCCGCGGUGCGGCGACAGUCGUCGGUGGGUCCGCUGAACGACACGUCGCCGCUGACGGGCGCGGCGGCCGGCGAGCCCGCCGUCAGCACGCCCGCGCACAGCGCCACGCUGCCUGUCUCCAGCCUCAGCACUAACCCCAGCUCCUACUAUACUAACGCCUCCCCCAGCCCCCCCGCCCCGGUCCACGUCUCCUGCGACGACAUCCUCGCCCCCGCCGCUCCACCUUCCGCCGCGAGGACGCCCUCGUCCAGGUCUGCGCCGCAUUCCGCUGUCAAUAUCCAUCAAACUGGCCGGCCUGCCGCUUUGUCUUUUAAUUCAGAAAAGGCUCAGAAUGCUGCAGUGGAUAGCAUUUCCCCUCAAUACCAAAACGUGGGAUCGGCUGCAACGGCGGCUUCAGUGGCGACGGUGCUGACGAGGCUGGAGGAGCUCAGCCGGCGUGUGGCCAUGCUGGAGACCGGCCUGACCGCAGACGUGCGCCGCAUCCUGCAGCUACUGCAAGCGCGCGAACCUACACAUCACAACGCACCUGCUCAUACGCCGUCACAACCCCUACCUAAGGCCUCGUUGUCGGUUCCUCAAACGAAUGAUAAUCAAUGGGAGUGGAGUUGGAACAGUGACCGCGAGCGCGGCGCAGGGCGGACCGGGCGCGAUCGCGCGGAGCGCACUCCCGGCGUCCAGCGAUCGGCCUCGGAGCCGCACGCGCCUGUCCCGCCGGCUCUGCCGCCACCCCCACACUCGCACUCUUUCUACAGGUAGUGUGAGGCAGGCGAGACGAGCGCUCUCCGCUCCCGGCCCUCGACGCGCUCGCUCGCUGAGUCCGCCUCGUGCGGCUCGCUGGCGGGGACCGAGCCGGCGCCCGCCGCGCCCGGCUGCACGCGCCCGGGCCCGCCGGGUCCCGCGCGCGCGCGCUUCCACUUCUGCCGGCGCGUGCGCACCGCGCGCUCCCGGCACGACGACGCCCGGAGCUUCCUGUGACGCGACACCACCCCACACAUGGACCAAUUUUAUACUUCCGUUAACGCCUAAAUUAACACGUCCUCGCGAUCUCGCAACCGGGCGGACUUCGCCCGUGCCGAGUCCAUUUGUUAUAAAAUAUUUCUCGUAUGAGCGCUUUAGUAAACACUAGAAGAAGCCCAGCGGGCCGGAUUGGUUAGAAUAUUGUAGAGACUUGGAGUAUGAUAGUACCUUUUGUGUAUCUAACACAAAUGUUUUGAAACGCAAUAAGUGAUGGAUAUAUUGGGUGCUUUAAUUUUAUCUAAUUAACGGGCUUUUAAUGUGAGCCUUUUUACUUACAUAUUUGUAAUAUACAAUAGCGCUAUCGGACAGUAUUCAUUACGCACUAUUUCGAUGUGUAGAUAAUUGUUUCGGUAAUCGCCACCUGGAAUUACUUUCAAAACUAUCCGAACGAUUUAUUUAUAUGUAAUAUCGAUCUCAGCUAAUUCAUGAUGAGGUUUAUAAGACUGAGAGACUACGUAACUCCCGUGAACUGUAUUUCCAGAAGAGAGUAAACAAAAUAACGCUUUCUACCCGUCCUUGCCCCUUGCCUUCGCGUAGUAGCUAGGUAAUACUUCUGUGGUCAAAAUCAAUGGAAAUGCUCGUUGUGGAAGUGCGUUUAUGAAGAUCACUUGACACAUAGGUAUACAUACUACCACAAUGUCUUUAAAUAAUGUAUAGCUAUAUAAUUAUUGUAUCAAACUAUUUUCGACUUCAUGUUGUUCGUUCGCAAAGCGGUUCGGAUUAUAAAAUUUUAUUGAAAAAUUUGAGUGUGACAAAGCGAAUUCUUUGCUUUUUUUUUAAUUUAAGGUUUACUAAAAUGUGGCUCAAAAAAUCUUACUUUAUGUAUAUGUUAGGUACAGAAUAAGAUUUUCGCCAAUAUAUCAUUGUAAGCAAUAAUGAAACCCACCAUAUUUUAGGAUGUAUCAUAAUUGUUUAACUAAGUUACUAUUACCACUCUAAUGAAUGAUCAACAACAUCGAAAAGCAAACUGAAAGACAUAUAUCUAUCUAUAUCAGCCUAUGUUUGAUAUUUUCAUGGAAAAUUACAUUAGGAACUGGAGAAUCUAACAAUACAAUGUUAGUCUACUGCAUACUUUAAUCACAUAUUAUUACAUUAUUAUUCUAAUACUAGUACCGAAGUACUGCAAAAUAUACAUGUACCUAUGUUUAUAAAUACAAACCUCUACCUACAUGUUACAGAAGUACCCGUGCCUUUAUUUUCAUUUGAUGUCAAAAUGGUUGACUCAAUAAUACAUUAAGUUUUAAAUAAAUUAAUUCUACUAAGUUAUUAUCUGUAUAGGUGAAUGUUGAAUGUAAUGUAUUAUAUGUUCAUUUUUAAUGUGCGUGUGGCAAACGGUGUAACUAUGCAUUGUUGCUGUGAUGUACCCAUACAAUCAAAUAAUUGUGACGACGAUGGUCUGUUCAGUCGUGGAUACACCGUCAUUUAUUUGAAAUGAGAAUAUUACACCGAUUAGCAUUUAAAAAAUACUCGUCAUCUUAUAAACAUUUCAUGACACUAAAUGAUCUCUAUUCGUGAGCUUUUUCUUUUCUUUUUUCAAAUGUACAUCACAUCGAUGGACAAACUCUGAUUGUCCUCCGUUAAAAUCAGAUUUUUUAAAUAUCUACAUACUACAAAAAAUAUAAUAUAGUUUCGAUUAAAUAGACAACACUCAACAACUAGGCAAGAUCUAUCUAAAUUCGUGUAAGAACUAUCACUAGGUACGUUGUAGGGUCUACAACAAUGUAGAUUGCUACGGCGUAGAGGCGGGCGCUACGGCAGCGUAGAAGACCGCUACCGCACGGCGCAGUGGCGGCGCGCGGCGUAGGGGAGAGCGCUACGGCGUAUCAUAGUGGAGUGGCACGUUUUACUUUUCAUGACAAAUAAAUGACAUCGUGUUAAACAACAAUACGAAUAGCACAUUUUAUUGAACUAUAUGAACGCUAAACACGAGUAAUUGUAAAUAUUAUAGUAUCUUAGGAUAUGUUUGUAAAUCGGUCAAUUCCCUGAUAAGCAUUGUUCUCGAAUCUAUAUAGAUAUUAAAUUGUUGCUUUGCUAUAUCUUUACAACUACGACGAGCACUCUAGAACUAAAUUUAAAUAUUUGCUUUUGUAGUUGUAGAAUUCCAUAUAUUUACUAGGUAAUUCGUAUGUUCACAACAUUACUGGUUCCUCGUCAAUGAAUAGACAUGUUAUCGUUCAUUAUUAUUUUAAUAAUCUAAGCUAGAUUUUUAGUACCAAAAAUAAAUAAAUAAAUGAAAUUACAUAUUAUCCUCAAAAUAGCACAUUUUUGUACUCAACUCGUUACGUACAAGGUAGAACUUCUAACAUGUUAGUCAAAGUGCAAAAGAUAAUUGGACCUUUUCAUUUAACAUUUAUACAAUUACACGUAGCCUAGUUGUUUAUAUCCAGACUAGUGGAACAUACAUAUAACUAUGCGAAUGGAGAAUCGAGUAGAUAUUUACUUGUUAAUAUGAAUAAAGCAAAUCAGGUUAAAUGUAAUUCUAGAUAGGUAGAAUCUCAAAAGUAGCAAAUGUUUGGCUAGAUAUAACGCAUUAACGCAUUCUUUGUUAAAACCUGAAUUGUACAUAAUAAAACGUAACUAAAAAUAUAUUUCAUUCCAUAAACAGAACGAAACUUUAGACUGAAAAUAUACACUAGGUCUUCGAAGUAUUAUUUGACUACUCAUAGAUCACACACACAUAAAUGCUAUUAAUGUCCGCAGUCAACGCCUAAUUCGAAAAAUGUUGUAUUAAAAUUCUAAUUGGAUGUUUUUUGGUGUCCGUGUUUACGAUUAAAUCGAACAAAGCAUGUGCAAACUAAAGCAAUUCGACUUAGUUUAUAAAAUAUACAUUUAUCAUGUUAAUAAAAAUCUUAAGUAAUUUUCAAAUCCUAAUUUAUUUUUUAUGACUCAAGGUUAUUAGAAUACGUAAUUUUUAUAGUCAAAUGUUACACUUUUUAAUCGUUACUUUACCACUGAUACUAUGUCAUAAUAGUACUUAGUUACACAAAUUUUGUAGUAAUUACAUUAAUGUUUGACAAUAAAAAUUGCUAUUAGUACUACCUACUCGUACAUCAUCUGUACUCGAGAGCACAAAUAAUGCCUAAGGAAAAUUGUAUGUUAACCUCAAAAUAUGAAAGCGGAACUCUCUGCGUAAAUAACAUAAUGAAAAUGCGUUUAGUUACAGUUCGGACGAUACUUAGAUCAUUACUUGUAGUAUUUAAUUAUCUGUAUAUUUUGAGAUUAUCAUGAAUCAGCGUUGAGGUCACAGGGGUUGAUUACGGCGCUUACGCACAGGGUGUAUGUUAAUUUUUUUGAAUAAAAAUAAGCUAGCUUUUAAGGUAAUCUUCUUUUAACUAUACAUAUUAGUAGGUAGUACCUAUUUACCUACCUACAUUUUAUGUAUCUAGUAAGAGAAAGUUUAAAUCAGAAGCUGAAGGUUACGGGCACUUAUGCACAUAUGCUUUAAAUACCUUUUUUAAUUAGUUUAUUGAAAUGCUUCGGUAUUCGUCAGCGUAUGAAUUGAAGUGAUCAACUAUAUACAAUAUAUACCUAUACAGAAUCACAAUUUCUGUAAGUUAUGUAUAGGUAGAUAUAGGGAUAAUUUAUAAUGGAAAAGUGAAAUGUUAUCAACUAUUUUUUCACUCGCCGCAUUAAUUGUGAAAUUAUAUUGUAUCAAGCAUAACUUGAAUAUAAAUCGACACAACUAUUUGUAUCUGAAUAAGUAUAAAACUAACCCUAUCUAACCACAUGGUUAGUUUUUAUUAGAUUUUUAUAUCCCCGUAGACACCAAAUCAUAUAACAUUAUCAGGCUAUAUCCUGAUUAACUAGAUUCACUACAAUUCAAACUUGACAUAAUAUCAAAACAUUUACUGAUUUAUUUAUUGAACAUCAUAUUUGAAACUUUCGUAAUCUUUACAAAUAGGUACUUAUAAUUUGGUUGAAUGAAAUGGUUGAAUGCAAAGUUACAUAUGAUACUUAAUUAUUUAAUUUAUGACUAAAGCAUUGGAGUCAUGUCUAACUUGUAAUAAUUUAUAAUUUUAGUAUGUACUCAACGCCGUUUUAAAUGGGACAGCUCUUAUACAUAUAAUGAAUAAGGUAAGCAAGAACUAUACCUUACGGAAAGAUGUUCGCUUAAUCAUUUAAAAAUUGUUGCCUUGAAAUAUUUAGUCACAAAAAACUGGUUGUUUCAGCAUUGAAUAAUCUCACGAUUAUAAUAAAUUAGAGAUAUUGUAAUUAUAAGUUAAGUAUUUUGUAUUUCGAAAACAUUAUGCGCAAAAUAAACGCGUGCAUUGUAUUAUGUAAUUUUGUCUGUGAUCAAAAUUUUGUAUUGUUAAGCUGAAAGUGAAGCACACACCUAAUUAUUUCGAAAUGUGAGAUGUGAUGGUACGAGUAAAAUACCUACUUGUUCAUACAGUCUGAAAGUUAUUAUAUUCCACAUUAUAGUUGACUAUGAUCUAUGAUGGUUAAUACUAUGGUAAGAUUAUUGAAUCUAAAUAAACUUUAUAACAUUUAUCUAAGCACAUAUAUAAAUCGAGACUCCUUUAUUCAUAUCAGUACCUAAUGGAAAUUAUGCAAAUUGCGACAAUAAUUUAAUAAAAGUCCUAAAUAUAUUUGAGAAAGAUAUUGCUUUUUUUUUACUUUGAUAACCUGCUUAAUUUAAAGUAUUUUCACAGAAUGUGUAAACAAGUAAGUGUAACUAUUAAUAAAUAUAUACGGUCAUCACUUUUUAUCGUAAUUUCAUGGUUAUUAAUCUACAUCACAUCACACUAAAAUAUAGUUGUCUAAGUUCUGUUACAAAAUAUCGUGCUAAAGCAUGUUGCGUGUUAAUAAAAUGGUAAUAAUAUAAAAACUUAAUAGUUUCAACUGAUUGUUAAAAGUCGGUAAUAGAAUGAUAAUUAAAAUACUUAUAACGAUCUGAUUUUGUAGUCGGUUGGUUUGUCACUAAGGAUUUAUUAUUAUAAACAUGUUGUGUAGUGGGUAGUGCCUUGCUCACCACGAUAACAUUCAGUGUUUUAUACACAUUAUAAUACGUACCAACACAAUAUAUUCCUACUACACUCGUAAUUUGUUACCGAAAGUAUGGAAGGAAAAUAGACUAGAAAUAGACAACUUUAUUUACAAAUUACUUUUAAUACAGGAUGCAUCGCUAAUAGGUAGUUGUUUUGCUAUCCUUUAUGCCUAAUUAUUGAAUGUAGACAACGCUAUAGCAUUGGCAACAUUAUUCAGAACUUCUUAUGCAUUUCUACAUUACAACGAUUAUUUUUAACAAAAGCACUGACUGGAUAAUAGUUCAUUUAAAAAACACAAAUAUAUCAUGCUUUUUACAUUUUAUACGACAUUAUUGAUUAUAAUUGAAUGUUUGUUCAUUAUCGUAAUAUGGAAGGUAGGUACGUGAGACAAACAUCACAGGUUCCUCCCUAGGUCAUUGUUUAUAAAGCACACUAGUCACAUACCUAGUUUAAAAAUUUGGAUUCAUUGAACGGUGUAUUUUUUCUUAAGAAGUGAGUUCAGUGGAAUAAAAUAUCACGCACAUGCGA